AUGACGCGAGAUGCGGACCUGGUCGCUGGUCUGUGGGAGGUGGCGCCAUUUGCACGUCUACCUACGGAUGCCCCAGCCGAGCUGAGAGACCUGAUCGAAGAGAUCGACAAUCCAAAGAGGGUUUACGCCGUACACAGGGCCAGCCGGCGCCAUGACUUUCAAUACAUCGUGCAGCUCCGAGAUGGUUGCGGUGACGAGGACUGCUGGACGGCCACAUGCUUUACUUGCCGAAAGAGAAUCGUUGGGAGGGCUCCUAUCCGAAGGUACAAUACCACGAGUGCGAGAACCCUAGCAGUCUAUCUCGCUAGCCAAGACAACCCUGAGGCUGGCCUCUGCCCGGCGCUCAGCCUGCCACGGUCCGCCCCAGCUGCUCUCGACUCUCUGAUGUUCUCAUCGAAGCACCACGGAUAUGCGCAGGAAGACAAGAGGCCGCGUGUCUUUGAGGGACAGAAUGGACACGCCAAGACCAACGCAAACAAGUCAUCGACUGGAAGAGUGAGGGUCAAAUCCUCAGGUUCCCCGCGCGGGCGGAGCCAGCAAGGUGCUUCACCGAACCGCCAUCCGCCUGCUACGGCCACGGUGUCUACCAAUAGCGGUUCUUUCGCAUCCAUCCCCCCAGACCUCGCCAUUACGGAGAAGAACGUCAGCAAGGACUACCGCUCUUUUGCUGCCAACAUGUUUGGGACUGUUGCAUUCAAGAUGCUAGAGUGGUUGACACCCAAUGCAGUGGAAGAGAUGACUGAAAGGGCCCGCAAGCUCUACGGUGAAGGACCGGAAGGUUCUCAAUCGACUUCGCCUCAGACUAGGAUAAGAGACACCGACGGCGCCUCCGGUACUAUUCCUUCAUCCUCGAGGGAUAGCAACAAGACGUCAGAUCCCAAGCCGAACGGGCAUCCGCCGAGAGCUGGUUCUGAUGGACCAGCCUUAGCCACAGCACUCCGAGACACUAGUGAUGAUGGGUUUGAGACUGAUCUCGCGACCCCUCACUCGUCCCGUCCCGAUGAACCCCGUCGUAGAUCAAGCACUCGACUCCGCGGUCUAGCAUCAGCUACCUCGCACAGAAAAAUUUCUGUCGAUGCGUUUUCUCCAGAUGCGGCGCCUGAUGAAAUGGUGCCUCCCGUACGAUCUCCAAGAUUACCGUCUAUAUCGGCCGACAAAUCUGCUAAAGGCCCAAGACUGUCCUCGACAAUUGCGAGGCCUAUCUCGCAGUUAUCUAACGCUGGGUUCUUCGACACUGUUUCGCUGGAGAAGAUGCCGCCUCCCAAGGCCGUAGAUAUCAAGCCCAUCACGGGACUGACACAGUCGGAUGUCUGUAGUGAUAGUUCGGCCCGCUCCAGUUCUGCAGCGUCUCCAGUUUCCGCCCCUACGCCUGAUACUCAGUCAAUCCCAUCCUUUGACCCGGAGCUGGAGUCGACGUACAAAUGCCUCCUACCACAGUCGCUUUCCGUCCUCAACGCCGAAGUCGUCGAUUUCAUAUGCGAUGUUCUUCAGGAUGACGACACUUCCGAACGACAUCUUCUCGAACCCCAAAAGGUGACUAGAUUUCACAGCAGGCCCUCGAAUCAGACAAGGGCGUUGCGAAGGAGGCAGGAUUUCCACCCGCCCUCAUCCUCAGCCGGAUUGAAGCGAGAGUGGCAGCUGUUUGUUCAACAAAGCUUGUUCUACAUCCUGGCGGACCCAUACUCGCUCAUACACUCCUUUACAAAGAACGGGCAACUAUACGACUCACAAACCUUGUGGUACUGCAUGCUUCGGUUGACCAGAGUCGCACCAAGUCUGGUAUUCCACAGCUUGUGGAUGGCGGCAGCAAGACUCUUCGCCCCGCCAAAGGCUGCCCAGUCUUUGCGUUCGCCACCAGCCAAGCUCUUCCCCAGGCAGGAUGGCGUUCUUUCUAACGCGGAAGCUGGGGUAGUGAUGUCUAUCUGCCUCCACGCCUUGGUCGCCGCUGCACCUUUGGUUGACGAUGCCAGGCAGCUGUACGACAUGUCUCGCAUUCGAGCCCACGGGUUGUCCCUAGCGGGCAGCGGUGCCAUCGCUAGACAACCAACAGAACUAUGCUUGCAAUAUGAUGAUGCAUUCUCGAACGAUCUUGCCAUACGUCUGGCGCGGAGAAUCUUUGCAGCGAUACCUACUCGAAGAUAUUUUGACGAAAUUAUCGAGUACGGCUCUGAUUAUGACCAUGACAAUUACGAAGAACACGACGUCUUGAGUCCUUUAUUUGCACAGCUGGACUUUCUGAACAUGGACGCACUGUAUGUCUUGGAGUUCACCUUUUCAGACCGGACACUCCAUGAGACUCGAGUGCCGACGCUCCUCCUCGACUGGGCUAGAGCAGUUCUGCUACAUGACUGGGAUGGAAAUCCCGAGAUGCCAGGGGCCGGCCCCGUUGGCGGCGCUCUUGCCUUGAUCGAGGCUAUGUGUAUGUACACAGCUCCCUCCUCCGUCGGUCAAUCGCGGCUAACCCUUUGCGAAGACAAGCGACGCCAGGCACUUUUGCUGGGAGACAGCCAAUUCCGUUCCGAGUAUUUUGCGGAACGGCUCGACGAAGUGGAAAUGCCCGUUGCGUGGCUCUCGUUUACUUCAACGAGACAAAGAGUGCAUAUCCUGGACUUUCCCUACAUUUUCAACCCGUCCACCCUAGUCUCAUAUUUCCGAUCUAUCAACUUUUCGAGGAUGAGCAGAUCGUUCGAGGAGUCCAGCUCACUCCAAAGUCGAAUGGGCGCUAUCAUUUCACCAGGAAGUCUCAUUAUCAAUCCACAUCAUAAGAGCGUGCUCCAAGACUUGUUGAAAACAGCGUCUGCUAAGUAUCUUAUUCUGGAUAUUGGGCGCAAGACCGUGUUGAGAGAUACCUUUGACCAGCUUUGGCGACGUGAAGAGCGAGAAUUUCUGCGCCCUCUCAAAGUUCAUCUUGGCGAGGAUGCUGGCGAGGAAGGAUUCGAUUCGGGUGGAGUGCAGCAGGAAUUCUUCAGACUCGCCAUUGCCGAAGCUCUCAAUCCCGAUUAUGGAGCUUUCACUGUGGAUGAGCGGACACGGAUGACCUGGUUUCGUCCUGCGUCAACUGAGGCCGAUUGGAAGUUUGAGCUCAUCGGAAUGCUUGUCUCGCUGGCGGUCUACAAUGGGCUCACUCUACCCGUGACAUUUCCCAAAGCCUUGUACCGCAAACUUCUCCAGGAGCCCGUCACCGAGCUGCACCAUAUUGCAGACGGUUGGCCUGAUCUGGCGAGCGGCUUGACUACAUUGCUCGAAUGGGACGAGAAGGAUGGUGCCGUCGAGGAUAUCUUUGCCCGCACAUACGAGUUCUCUGUUGAGUUGUUUGACCAGCCCAUUUCUAGAGAGAUGAACGACUCAGACACUUGGCCUCAGUUCCCCAAGACAGCGGCCGAAGCUGCGAAGGCGGCAGCGCUGUAUGCGGACAACCCUUCUGACGCCCCGCUCGUCACGCACGAGAACCGCAACGCCUACGUCACCGACUACAUCCGCUACUUGACCGACGUCUCCGUCCGGCCGCAGUACGAGGCGUUUGCGCGCGGGUUCCACACCUGCCUCCACCCCAAGUCGCUCACCUUGCUCACCUCCAGCCUGCUGCAGUCUGUCGUCGAGGGCGUGCAGGACAUCGACAUUGCGGAGCUGCGGCGGCACGCGCGCUACGUCGGCUGGGACGCGAGCCACCGCGCCGUCCGCGACUUCUGGUCCAUCGUCAAGCGCUACGACGACCGCAUGAAGCGCCGCCUGCUCGAGUUCGUCACGGCCUCGGACCGCGUCCCCGUCGGCGGCAUGAAGAACCUGCAGUUCGUCGUGCAGCGCAACGGCGCCGAGGAGGACGAGGGCGGGCACCUCCCGACCGCCUAUACGUGUUACGGGACGCUGCUACUGCCCGAGUACAAGAGCAAGGACAUCCUGAGGGAGAGGCUGGCGAUGGCGCUGGAGAACGCGCAGGGGUUCGGAUUUGCUUGA